AUGCAAGCUCCCAUUGUCAGAGUUAUUGUCCGCAUACCAAGCAACCGUCCUGAGGUAUCAUCAGAUGGCCCGCCGCCCGUCGACUGGAAUGCUGAGAAGGAGAACUAUCUGUGGGAUGUAAUCGCGAGAUCCCGCGCGAUGGACAGUGGAAUUCCUGACUGGAAAUCUCUAGCUACUCGUCUUAAUGUGCCAUUGCCAUACCUGCUCUAUAGAGCACAGACCCGAUACGAACAAGACCUUCGCGGACUGCAGGAUAUAACAGGGGCGUUGAGCCCUUCUACCACGCAUGUAUCACCUAAAUCCGGCGACGAUAUACUGUCUCCAGUUGAUAAGCCUAGUAACAUCCGCCGAGAAUCUGGGCGAAUACCUAAUAUCUCCAAGCUCUCCUCCUCCGUCCGUCUUACCACCCCUCUUGGCGUUCGCGCGCGCCUCAAUUCACUGACCAGCAAUUCUCCGGCCCGCGCCAAUAAGACAUCCUCAUCGUCCAUCCUCACACUGCAGGGCCAUAGAAGAGACUUCAGUGCACUCAGACCCGCCUCUCCGCUUUCCUCUGGUUCGGACUCUGAUGAGGCAGCCGAGAAGGCUGAGGAAGCAGAACGACAGCUAGGAGAGCAGGAAGAAUUGGACAAGAAGCUGAAAGCGCUGGAGCAGAUGAUUAAUGACGAAUCAUUGGGGCUCGUUAGCUCGCCUAACUUAAAGCGCAAGGACAAGGAAUCUGAUCGCGGACGCAUGGGCACACCUUUUCUCCCGAAACUAGAUGGCCUGGAUAGGAACCAGAUGGGAAGAUCAGAUCGCAGUCAGAGCAUCUCUAGCGCAAGUUCCGCACAUGGCUCUAUACCUUCUAUGCCUUCCCCUCCGUCGGAGCCACACUCUUUGGUGAACAGACAUUUCUCGCCUUCAGAAAAGUCGACAAACUCCACUUCUCUAUCUCCGACAGGCAAGGGCCCAUCCCAUAUCCGGCACACUUUGCUAGCAAAUAAACAUAAAACUAGCGAGAAGGGGAGCAAUCAUGGAUCUUCAGCCUCCAGUUUCAGCGACCUCAGUGACGCAAGCCUGUCAGCCUCGGGUUCUGCUAUGGAAAGUGCCUUCAUGUCCAACAUACGCGGGGGAAACUCUCGACUGUCUCAUUAUGGUCGCAGUUAUCUAUCUGGAAGGAGUGGACCCCAGUGAAUCAGUCGCGUUGUAGGAACAUGACCUGAUCGGAUGGUCACGCUUCCGCAGAGUCGGCGUCAUCCGUUGGCAAUCUGGUGUUUUGUUUUUGGGCCCCGCUGGGUCACACCAGUCUUGACAAUCAUCCGGAUCAUAUAAUCGUUCUUGUUGGAAAAUUUAGCCUGCGGCGCCGUUUCUAUAUACCUACAGCCUACUUAUAUAUUUCUUUUUGUUCAUGUAAGACCGGAAGACAGUCUCGUCGUGAUAUAGGGAGUGUACGAUAUUUGUGAAUGUUACAAAUCAUUCUAGUAUUUUU